CCAGAGCAGGGCCAGAACUGCCUUUAGGGUUAGAACUUCGAAGGUAGAUACAGGUUGCAACGAUGGCUGAUUCCACGAACUCGGAAUCCGACGCCGAAUUCGAUAACACUUCAAGCCCUAACCCUAAUUUAGCUCCCAAUGAAUUGAGUCCCAGCAAUCCCUCCGGUCCUCCUCUCGUUUGCCUCAUCAGGUUCGCAGGCGAUUCCGCCGCCGGCGCCUUCAUGGGCUCAAUUUUCGGCUACGGUUCAGGAUUGAUAAGGAAGAAAGGGUUUAAAGGAUCUUUUGCUGAAGCUGGAUCUUCUGCUAAGACAUUUGCAGUUUUGUCUGGAGUUCACAGUUUGGUUGUCUGCUUUCUAAAGAGGCUGCGAGGGAAGGAUGACGUCAUUAAUGCAGGGCUAGCUGGUUGUUGCACUGGCCUUGCUUUAAGUUUCCCAGGUGCUCCCCAGUCCCUUUUGCAAAGUUGCCUCACCUUCGGGGCGUUCUCGUUCAUCAUUGAAGGGCUUAACAAACAGCAGCCUGCAAUGGCACUUUCGUCGUCUUCCACCAGAAUCAAGAGCGGGCACUCCAGCAUUCUCACUCCGUUAGCACUGCCUCUUCCAGACGAACUCAAAGAAUCGUUCUCUUUUUUCUGUCGAUCAUUGAGAAAACAAGACAAUGGAAGAUUUCCUGCAGCUCGCUAAUCCAGCCAGGAGUUUCAGCAAUUGCACCUUGAAUCAUCUGUAGAAUAGAAUUGCUGGUGUGAUCAUGAACUCUGUAAAUUUGAAGGGGAGAUGCAUGACCUUACCAGACUCCAUUAGAUAAAUUUUGGCAAUCUAAAACCCUUGAAAUACUUCUAUCCUUUGGCCUGUCAUUAUAAGUAUUACCUUGACGUUUGAAAAAAUAAAGCGAAUUCUCCUAA